AUGGCAAAGAAAGGAAGCUCAAAGUUGAAUAUUGCUAUUAUUCAUCCUGAUCUGGGUAUAGGUGGAGCUGAAAGACUAAUUGUUGAUGCGGCUGUGGAACUUGCAUCCCAUGGGCAUAAAGUUCAUGUUUUCACAGCGCACCAUGACAAAAAUCGCUGUUUUGAGGAGACUAUUUCUGGUGGUUGGAAUGUCUACGGUACAAUAAAUCAAAUAGGUGUGUUCGGCAACCACAAAAACUCAUGCCCAUAUCCUACAUCAAAUUGUAAUGCCAUUUGA